UUCCAGCUCGAGCCCCCACUUCCCGAACCAGCCGUUGUUUUGCUUUCGGUCUCGACACAGAAACAGAAAUAAACGACGGACACAAUUUUGUUUUUCCACUUCCAACCACAAAUAAACGAACUUGUCCAACUUCGGCUGUGCCCGUCGUUCCGACAGCAGGACUGUGAAGCUACAGGCCGUCCAAACUGAACAGGCCAAAAUGCCAGUAGAAAGAAUGAGGAUGCGACCGUGGCUGGAGGAGCAAAUCAACUCCUGUCAGAUACCAGGACUCAAAUGGGUUAAUAAAGAAAAGAGAAUCUUCCAGAUCCCGUGGAUGCAUGCUGCACGCCACGGCUGGGACCUGGAGAAAGAUGCUCCGCUCUUCAUGAGAUGGGCCAUACACACAGGUAAAUACCAGCCAGGCGUAGACCGUCCAGAUCCAAAGACUUGGAAGGCUAAUUUCCGCUGUGCCAUGAACAGCCUGCCAGAUAUUGAGGAAGUGAAGGAUAAAAGCAACAAAAAGGGAACUAAUGCCUUCAGAGUUUAUAAGAUGCUCUCCUCCACAGAAAGAAGUUUGAAGAAAGGAAAGAAGAAGACAGACAAAGAGGGGAGGCCUAAGGGAAGUAAAGAGGCAGUGUCUCUGUCUCCAGGCAGGACUCUUCUCGAAGGUACUGCUGGACCUAUUGACUAUUCUAAACAGGAAUUGAUCAAACAGGAAGUGGUCAAGCAGGAAGCAGUAGAGCUAACAGUCACGGACAGCGCCUCAGCCAUUCACAGUUCAGUAGAAGACCACGUGAUCACGAGCGAGCAGCUGCCAUUCGUCUGCCAGACAAUUGAAGUAACCACAGAGAAUGAAGAGCAGACAGUUAGCUCCUCCCACUCGUACCCACUCCAAAUCUCUCCUGUGUCUUCAUGUUGCGGCAGUGACACAGACAGUGACACGGAAGACAACAAAGAGGGUGUCGGUGCAGUCUGGAGGCGGGACUACAGUACAACAGUUCUCAGGGUUCCCACAUGUUCUCUUCCUAGCAUGGCCACUUUUGUCACUGCGAACAAGCCCAACUUCAGGGUCACCAGUACGCGAGACCCAGCUCCUCUCAUCAGCUAUCACAGUGACGGCUGGACGCCGGCCUACACCCAGAACUCUCUUGUGUCUCCGGCAAGCAGCCACACCCAUGAGAUGCGUGCAAGUGUCAUUAUGAAAACCUCCGAUGUCACCUCCUCCUGACCUCAGAUGAGGGAGUAUCAUCAAUGCCCUCAAGGCAUAGGAAUGACAGAGAAUGUUGUUUUUCUCCCAUCAGGGCCACAUGGUGCCUAAAAGGCCAAACUUCCAAAUCUGUGAUUUUAUUGUAGCUUCUGCUUGGGCCAUGAAUUCCCUCAGUUUUCCCUUUAAUCGGAAAAAAACUUGCGCACUACUCGGUGAGCACUGAAGCCCAGUUUUUACUUUAUACAUCUGUAUCUGCGAGGGUGUGUGUGAUGUAAAUUUCAUCAUCUUCCCAUGUCUGCAAGGGUUCAUCUUAAAAGUUAUGAACACUUCGACAAACGUAUGUAUACACGUGGUAUUGUCCAUGUCCACGUCUUUGGACUAUAUCUAGCCUUUAAUCAUCCAUGUGUCACUGGUAGUGCAUUUUCCCUGCUGAUUUUUGCUAACACUGUAGCAUACACUCUGCUGAAUUAACAAAAUACUCCACUUUUAUAUAGCGAAAGACAAAUUUUAGUCGUGAAAAGUUUUUUUUUUUUUUUAAGUGUUUCAUUGCACAACAUCCACUGCCUUCAAGAAGGAAUGUCUUUUGAAUCUCUCUACAUAAAACUAUGUGACUUGACCACAUCCUUUAGGAUUACUUACCAUUAAGUAUUAGAAGCAAUUACAAAACUACAUUGUUUGAUUGAGACUCAGCUAUCUUCUAUGUUUUUAAGUUAUUUUAUGUUGCACCAAGACAAGGAAAACAAUUAGUCAUCUUAAAAUAGUGUCAUCUCAACUGUGUUAGCAUGAAUUUUUACAUGAAUUGUAAAAAUGCUUUACUAUGACACAUGGAUGGAACAAAGAUUGUGUGUUCCUUGAAGCAAUCUGUGUUCAUGACAAAUCAACAAAUACACAAUGUUAUGGGGAAAUGACAUCUCUGUUGGCAAACCUGCUCAACUGGCAGCAAGUUACAAAAACAAUCAGGCAUGUUGUUAUCUACGUAAAGAAAAGAAUGACAAUCAUUAUCGAGCUAUGAUUUGCCCCACAGUGGAAAUCAGGCGUGUGUGUGUAUCUGUCUGGAGACCUCAGGACAUUGUACCCGCCGACACAGACAGAUGAACUGACAGACUCACUGACAGAGAGACAGACUGACAAGACUGUGAACAAUGUACUAAUUUCUUCUCUCUCCUGCCUCCUGGUGUUAAUAAUGUACAUAGCUCAUAUGUAUGUAUGCCUGCAAGCCGCUUCUGCACCUUAUGGACAGCACUGCUGUGUGUGUGUGUGUGUGUGUGUGUGUGGUGUGUCUGUGUGUGUGUGUGUGUAGU